AUGUCAAAAGCACGAUUCACCGACGAACAGAGGGACGCCGGUUGCUGUCAGCUAUUCGUCGAUAGCCUUUCCGGCCCUGCCUUGGUAUGGUUCACGAGGCUCGAGCCGAACUCAAUCGACAACUUUGACCAAUUGUCCAAGGUUUUCCUCAAGAACUACCGAAUCUUCAUCGAACGAGGUGUAACAAGUUCGGAUCUCUGGGAGAUGGCCCAGGAACGAGGAGAACCCAUCGCCAGCUUCUUGAACAGAUUCAAGGAGAAGCUGACAAAGGUCAACGUCCCGGAGGACGCUGCAAUGGCAGCCUUCAGAAAGAGCCUGAUCCCCGGAUCACCAUUACGAAAGGACCUCAACAUCCGGGAACCCAAGGACCUUGAUGACGCGCUGCAUCAAGCUUCCAGAUUCGCGCUCGAUGAGGAAGAGGAGGCUCAAAUAGCCGCAAAAACUAACGACGAACAACCGUCGCAUCCCCCCAAGGCUAAAAACUGGGUCGAACAUCACGAACCCCGCAAGCACCACGAACCUCAGGAUCGAAAAAAAGGCGUCAUCCACGCAGUCUCCAAGGUGGACAAUCAAGAGAAGCAGCCGUCUGACCCGAAGGAACUCUACUGCGAUUUUCACAUGUACCCCGGUCACUCCACACAUGAGUGCGUCCACCUGAAGAACUACUUGUACGCGAAGUAUCUCUCUGGCGAAGUCGAAGCUACUUAUCAGCCAAAAAGCGCCCAUGGAGGCAGAGGGCACGACAAGUUUACACCCUCCAAACAGCUCCGAGCGAGCCUUCACUCUGUUCGGACCCGAUAUCAUUCACUUCGGAGGACGCCAAGGGAAUCCAGCACCCCCAUUCGAACCCUUUGGUUAUCGAAGUCUCAAUGGGCGACUUCGAUGUCGAACGAGUCUUGA